AUGACAUACCAAACAGAACUACAAAACUAUGAAACUGGCACAGAGAAACAAGAUUUAACAAAGGUAAUUAACAUUGAUUUCAAGAAAAUUGAAAGCCUAGACAUUAGAAUUCCAUGUUCCAUUUGUGAAGAAAUGGUACACAUUACCCAACUUUUUCAUCACAAAAAAGUCCAUCAAGCUCAAGCUGUACUGGAUUAUCAGUGGCCAUGGGUGGAGCCUAUAAAUAUUAAAAAAAUGGUUCUUCGGCGAAAGCAACUCAUUUUAAGGCUGCAAAAAACUGCUCAGUAUCCUGAACGAGAAAUAGAAAAGAUUGGUUGUUCAAUUGAUCUUCUUAAGGAGAGCAUCAAAAUGGCUCCAUACAUCUGCAUUGAUAAUGUUGCUCAAAGUUCGGUGUAUAUUAAAGAAGUAAGCAAUCCACUGAUUAAAGCCAUAGCAAUUUGUCAAGACAAAAAUGCUGUUUGGCACACAGAUUUGGAAGAUGUAUGUAUUGUAUUAGAUAAUUAUGGACACAGGAAAGAUACUUGCUUACUUGGACUCUUUGAUGGAAGCAAUGGAAUUUCUGCUGCUCAGUUAUCUUCAGAUGAACUUCCUCUUCUACUUCUUGACCAGCUUUCUCACAGUGAUCCCUCUUAUCAGAUUAGUGAUGCUGAAAAAAACAUGCUUCGUUCUUUUCACACAAUCUUUAAGACAGAUUAUAAAAUAAGGGAGAAAAUUUUUGCUAUUAGAAGAGUCAGAAGCCAAAAUGCACAGCCAAACAACUAUGAAUGGAUUCACAGAGCAUGUGCAAAAGCUUUUUGGAGAAUGGACAGGCUUUUACGUCUUGGACGAGGUGAAGUUUCCAAAGUUCGCUGGAGUAGCUGUACAACUGCCAUAUGUUUAGUAGAAACAGUAAGAAACAUAAAACAAAACCAAGUAGAACAAGAAGGGGAAGAAGUUAAAACAAUAAAUGAUAAUGAGGAGCAGAACUUCAUGGAACUUGAGGAGGAGCUGCCUGAAACAAACAGAAUAAAGACAAGAAGCAUCAUAGAACAAGAAGCAAGCAAAAUUAUGGAACAGCAGGAAGAGAAGCCUCUUAGAAGAGUAAGUGAUGGAAAGGAACAGAACAGCCCGGAACAAGAGGAAGGCUCUGUUACAGAACUGCACCAAGAGGAGCCACUUGCAAGAACGAAUGAUGGGAAAGAAGAGAACAGCCCAGAACAAGAGGAAGGCUCUGUUACAGAACAGCAUCAAGAGGAGCCAUUUGCAAGAAUGAAUGAUGGGAAAGAAGAGAACAGCCCAGAACAAGAGGAAGGCUCUGUUGCAGAACAGCAUCAAAAGGAGCCAUUUGCAAGAAUGAAUGAUGGGAAAGAAGAGAACAGCCCAGAACAAGAGGAAGGCUCUGUUGCAGAACAGCAUCAAGAGGAGCCAUUUGCAAGAAUGAAUGAUGGGAAAGAAGAGAACAGCCCAGAACAAGAGGAAGGCUCUGUUGCAGAACAGCAUCAAAGGGAGCCUCUUGGAAGAGUAAGUGAUGGAAAGGAACAGAACAGCCCAGAACAAGAGGAAGGCUCUGUUACGGAACUGCACCAAGAGGAGCUGCUUGCAAGAAUGAAUGAUGGGAAAGAGGAGAACAGCCCAGAACAAGAGGCAAAUUCUUUCACAGGACAUCCACAAGAAGAGCAACUUAGAAGAAUAAAUGAUGGAAUGAAAAAGAGCAUCAUAGAGCCAGAAGAUAAUGAGCAGCUGGCAAAUAGUAAAGAUGAGAUCCAGGAAGCAGGUUGGAUUGAAAACAAUCAGAAUUCAGAUGAAAUUGUUGGACUAAUGCAUAUUGCUAACAUUGUUUUAGGUAAUGUUCAUGCAGUUUUAUGCAAAAAUGGAAAGAGCUAUUGGCUUACUAAAGAACACUCCACUUACUGUAAAGAGGAAAGGGCACGCAUUCUUCAGAAUGGUGGAUCUAUCAGCAGUAAUGAGCCUAAAGGACUAAUAGAAGGACUAAUAAAAACUAGUCGUGGCCUUGGCCAUCAUGGAAACCCAAAGAUGAAGAAAACUGUUAUUCCCGUACCACAUACAAUCUCUUUCUCUGUUGAUAACUCAUGUCAAUUUCUUAUUAUAGCAACUAAUGGACUUUGGGAAGUUUUGGAUAAAAGUGAGGUUGUGCUAUUAACAUUAACUUUAUUUUCUGCUUAUUUGGCAAAAUAUCAACAUGCCCAAUUGAUGAAAAGUCGCAUACCCAAAGCUUCAAAGGUAUCUUUGGAAAAUAAAUUCUAUUCAUGGUAUAUGAAUCGUGAUUUUUUUCCUGAAUCAGAUUUAGACAACAAAAAUGAAACUGAACCAAGUUUUCAGCUGAGGCUCCCAAUUAACAGUGGCACAGAAGAGAAAGUAGUACUUCAGUCAAGUACUAUUUCUACAGAAGAGCAAACAUCAGAAAACUCUUCAGAAUCACUUUUUACUGUUGCUACAUCUUCAGAAGAAAACACUUCAGCAGGUACUGAAGAAACUCAAAAAGAAAAUAGCAAAAAUGCAGAGGAAAUGGUAUCUGAAAGUCAUGAAUUUUUACAGACAUCUGAAGAUUCAGAAACAGAUUCUGGGACAUUUUAUAGUCUUGCAGCAAAGUAUAUUACUAAACACCUAGUAAAAGCUGCUCUUAAAGCAGGUUCUAGAAAUAAUGUUUCUGUUCUGCUAGCUCUCUUAAAUGGAUGUGAUAACAUACCCACUUUUAUUUAGCACUGAU